AGCGUAUUAACUGCACACCCUUCCAUGGGUGUGCAGCCGCCUCUGCCAGCCCAACAUCUUAAAUUGAACAAUCCGGCCCGAUAACCACAGGUACCUCUUCUUCCUCCACCCCCCUCUCUCUCUCUCCCUGGCCGUUUCUCUCUCUAGGUUUGCUGUUCUCUUUUGUGCAAUUUAGGUGCUUACAGAUACAUUGAGCGGUCUAGCAAAACAAACCCAGUUUCAUGAUCAAGGGGAAUGCCCAAUGAAUCCACACACCAGGUUUGAAUCCAUUCAUCAAAGCAGAUGUAGUGGUAGUAGUAGCAGUAUACAUAUACAAUGAUACGGACCACCACAACGAUAACAACAAGAACAACGUCAAGAACAAGAUCACUGUUUUCCUCAAUCGCCUCUCCACUCACAGAACCUGUUCUACCCUCAUCAGAAAACCAAGAACCAGGCCCACUGGUAAAUACCCAACUCCUCUUAUCAAUCCUAUGCAAACCCAAUUGGCAGAAAGAUCCCUACUUCAAGAAAAUAAUCCCCUCCAUAUCCCCAACCCAUCUCACCUCUCUUUUUUCCGAAUGUGGCCCUCACAAUCUCAAUCCCCAUACUGCCCUUGCUCUCUUUAAUCUCCUCUCCCAAAGACCCGCGUUCAAGCCCAAUGUCCAGUCCUACUCCUCGCUCCUGCUCAACAUCCUUGUACCCGGUCGACUCCUCGGGGUCGCGGAGAAGAUCCGCAUUGCAAUGGUCAGGUCGUGCGAGUCCGCCCAGGAUGCGGAAUUUGUGUUGCGGGUUUUGAGAAAGAUGAAUGACACCAGUGUUGGUGGUGGUGGUGGUGAGGUUAUGUUUAAGCUUACUCUUAGAUGUUAUAAUAUGAUUUUGAUGUCGUUGGCUCGGUUUCUAAUGAUAGAUGAAAUGAAGAGGGUGUAUAUGGAGGUUUUGGACGAUAAAAUUCCUCCGAAUAUUUACACUUUUAAUACUAUGAUUAACGCGUAUUGUAAGCUGGGGGAUGUGGUCCAGGCAGAGUUGUAUUUAAGUAAGAUUUUGCAGGCUGGGUUGAGGCCGGAUGUGCAUACGUACACGUCGCUUAUAUUAGGCCAUUGUAGAAGGAAAGAUGUAGAUAGUGCUUUUAGGAUUUUCAAGGUUAUGCCACACAAGGGGUGUCGAAGAAAUGAGGUUUCUUAUACGAAUCUUAUUCAUGGGUUUUGUGAAGCUGGGAAAGUUGAUGAAGCUCUCAAGUUGUUUGUGCAUAUGGGGGAUGAUGAUUGUCAUCCAACUGUCCGGACCUAUACCGUUUUGAUUUGCGCUUUGUGUGGAUCCGGUAGGAAAACGGAAGCAUUGAAUCUUUUUGAAGAGAUGAUCGAAAAAGGUUGUGAGCCAAAUGUACAUACUUACACUGUACUGAUUGAUGACAUGUGUAAAGAUAACAAGCUUGCCAAAGCUAAGGAAAUAUUUGAUGCAAUGUCAGAGAAAGGGUUGAUUCCAAGUGUUGUUACGUACAACGCUUUGAUUGAUGGGUACUGUAAGGAGGGAUCUAUUGAUGCUGCAUUUGAAAUAUUUGAUCUGAUGGAGUCGAAUAAUUGCAGCCCCAAUGUUCGCACGUACAAUGAGUUGAUUUGCGGGUUUUGCAAGGCAAGAGAAGUCCACAAGGCAAUGGCACUGCUUAGUAAGAUGCUUGAUAAAAAACUAUUGCCUACCUUGAUUACGUAUAACCUGUUAAUCCAUGGACAGUGUAAAGAGGGUCACCUAGAUAGUGCUUUUAGGUUGGUUAAUUUGAUGAAUGAGAAUGGUAUGAUCCCUGACCAGUGGACUUAUAGUUCUCUUAUAGAUACGUUAUGUAAAAAAGGGAGGGUGGAAGAAGCUCACAGCCUACUUGAUUCUCUUGGAGGAAAAGGGAUACGGGCAAAUGAAGUUAUUUUUACUGCUUUGAUUGACGGUUAUUGCAAAGCAGAUAAAAUUGACUUCGCUUGCAGGUUGUUGGAGAAGAUGCUUGCAGAAAACUGUUUUCCAAACUCGUGGACUUUAAAUGUAUUGAUGGAUGGAUUGUGCAGAGGGAAUAAAACGCAUGAAGCCUCACAAUUACUUGAAAGGAUGGUACAUCGAGGUGUGAAGCCUACUGUUGUAACUUAUUCAAUACUCAUUGAGCAAAUGUUGAAAGAAUAUGCCUUUGAUCAUGCUCAGAAUAUCUUCGACCAAAUGGUGUCCUUGGGACAUAAGCCUGAUGUUUGCACUUACACUUCGUUUCUACUUGCCUAUUGCAACCAAGGGAAGUUGAAAGAAGCGGAGGAAGUAAUGGCUAAAAUGAUAGAGCAAGGUGUUUUGCCAGAUUAUAUUACUUACACAGUAUUAAUAGAUGGGUAUGCACGAGAAGGAUUGAUCCAUCGUGCUUUUGAUAUUUUUAAAUGCAUGGUUGAGGCUGGAUGUGAACCUUCUCAGUAUACCUACUCAGUUCUCAUUAAACAUCUAAUGAAGGAAAAGUGGUUGAAUGAGAGUAGACAUAGAAUAGGACAAGAAUCAAAUCCAAAUGUCACCUCUAUCAAUAUUGCCGAUGUAUGGAAACUAAUGGAAUUUGAUACUGCUCUGGCACUGUUUGAGAAAAUGAAUGAACAUGGUUGCACACCUAAUGCUAAGACCUACACUGCAAUCAUUAUAGGUCUUAGCAGAGAGGGGCGCUUUGAAGUAGCCUGGAGAUUGGUCGAUCAUAUGACGAAAAGCGGAAUAUCUCCCGGUGAAGACAUAUACAAUGCUCUUGUUGACUGUUGCUGCAGUUUGGGAAUGUAUGGGGAAGCAUUGGCGAUGAUAGAUACCAUGAUUCGAUAUGGUCUUUCACCGGAUUUAGACAGCUAUAAGCUGCUUGUUUGUGGGUUAUUUGAUGAAGGCAACAUCGAAAAGGCUAAAGCAGCUUUUUGUAGCUUGCUUCACCAUGGAUACAACCAUGAUGAAGUGGUUUGGAAGCUCCUGAUUGAUGGCUUACUUAAAAGGGGUCUUGUUGAUAGAUGCUCUGAACUGGUGGAUAUUAUGAAGGAAAAGGGCUGCCAAUUUAGUCCUCAAACACAUACUAUGUUGAUUGAAGGACUUUUUGACAGGACACAGGGGCGUGAAAGAUAAUGGUUUGAUUAUUUCAUUAGCAUUUUUCAAAUUUGUCGCCAGAUUUCCAUCUGGUUCCUCGCAUCCAUGUCUGGGCGAAGAAUACUUGUCAGAACAGAAGCCAACAGCAGCCUUUCUCACCUGCCUAUAGAGAGCAGGUCGCAUCCAAGGUUAAGCCCUUCAAAACUUCUGGUUAUAAAGGGAUGGGAGCCUAAUGUAACAAAUGGGACCCAGGACAUGACUUUUUACUAUUUCUUUGGGAUCAUUUCACGUUUUCUCCGAGUGUUCUCUUAGGUUGCUCUUCCACAGAAGUUGGUGGAGGUUAAGGGUGUACCGAGGCAGAACAAAUUCUUUUGCCGCACAAACUUGAAAAGACUUUCUUGAUUUAUGCAAGUUAUCUUGGUCUCAGUGAUGGAGCAGUUAUUAUAUGGGAUGUACACUCAAAAACCAGUUGGAUAUUCAAAACUGCUUGUAGCUGUGGCCCAAUACAACUGAAACAACUUCCAAUACAAGCAUGAGAGUAUGAAGCAAUGAGUUGCAUCAGCACAUGAGGGAUGGGAUGCUUUUAGUUAUUUUCUUCGUGACUACUGAUGGUACAUUUGGACACGUGAGAAGCUGACCCAGAUUGCAAUGCUAAGAAGCUGUCGAUUUUCUACCAUCUGCUCAAAAGCAGAUAGAUGAGUCUUCAGGGACAACAAGAGAAGAGGAGCUUAGUAUUAAAGCCUUUCGGAAUUGUACCUGUAUUGCCUCGCAUCUGAAUUCUGGCCGGAAGCUGCGAAAUGUGAGGUCCAGUAGCCAUAAUGGAGAUGGUGGUUUGGAAGACAACCUUAUAUAUGAACCGAGGAAUUGUUUGUGUGGGAUUUUAAAGAUUGUUGACUCGGACAAGCCAAACAAGGGCCGGUUGUAUUUUGGGUGUGCUAAGCCACAAUCGCAGAGAUUUGCUCCCCCAAGAUUAGUGGAAGAGCGCGUAAGUUGGCCCAAACACUUGAGUUAUUAGAAAAAUCACAGAGAUUUGCCAAGGCAUGCAAGUCAAUUUCUUGACCGUGCUGAUGAACAACCUCCAAUCAAAAUCUUGUAGCUCUCCUAAUGAAGAUUGAGAUGCUUGAACAUAACAUGCAACUUAGGAGGCAAUUGUCCAAGGGUUUGCUUGUAUGCUUAAUUGCAGCAAUGCUUGUCAUGUGCAAAGGAGAAAUUGUACUUCAGUCAUCUUACUUCGUUUUCUCUUUAUUGAGUGCUAUGACUUAUAUUUCCUACUCGCCUCUAUAGUAUUCUUGUCACAGAUGCAUUUUUGGUUUUAUGUUAAAUCCUUGUCAUGACUUAGUAGAAUGGACAAUAGCUUGUAUAAGUGCAACAAGUAUCCCUGAUAAUCGCUUUUAUAGUUACCCAAUGGACUCUUUUCAAGACAAGAAUAAGGUUAAGGGUAAGGCUGCAACCGCCAACCUCUGCUGGAAAUCAGAAGGCAAGUUGGGAAGCACAGUCCAAGCAGUGCUUUAUCUGUGUUAGUGUUGAAGAUCUGGAAAGAGAUAACAACCUGGGGAGUCGCCUUAGUAGGGUUGGUUGGGCCAAUGUCACUCGAAAUUUAAUUGGUGAACGAGCACAACGCACAACCACCGUUGAAGAACCAUUGGGGUUUUCUGAAAAAGGAGCGUUAGCUGUGGAGUAAUUUGUUGCUUGGUUAAAGUGGCUUGGGUUGCGAUCCUAACGCAGGAGCCAUAGAUGCAUCUGAGGACUGGUGGAAACUCUAAGUUGCAGCACUAUCUUGAUGCAUAAAUUUUUUUAGGAAAAGCCAAUUGCGUUGGAGGAUGAACUACAAUUCUUGUUCCAAAGCAAUAUGGCAACUGGGGAAUUUGCUUAAAAGCCUAGUUUUCUGGAAUUUUUACAGAAUUGGAGGGGGACUACCAUGUUACUUUGCAUGAUGAAGAGGAUGCAGGCGAUGACGACGACAAUCUAGAGUUGGUACCCAACUGAAGUUCUAGAGUUGGUACCCAACUGAAGUAACAAAGAAAAGUCGUACUGAAGUUGGUUUGAAAAAGGCCAUUGCAAAAUAAGAACUUCGGCAGGUGAGCUGCAGACCAUCAAGUUCAUGAAUUGUGCACCACUGCCACCACAUGGCCCCUGAUAUUCCCACGAUGGAGGAGUGUAUGGCAAAGCUGUCAUCAAUGGUGGAGUUUGCUGAAAACAGUCCAAUAUGGGUGAAUGGUGCAAUUUUUUUCAUGAAUACGAAGUAUCUUGCAUUUUUGUUGCAUGCCCAGAGAGUGAGAAGAGGUAUUAUUGGAUCGUGAAAGAAUAUGAAUGGAGGAAGCCCGAGAAAAAAAGAUGCAUUGGUUGGACCAAUUAAUUAGACUAUUGUGCUUUAGCUUGGCUCUUGAACCAUGGUUGCAAAAACUCAGUUUCACUUCAGACACGGUGGUUUAAUUUCAGUUGAUGUCUUGUUUUAUUUCAGACACGGUUGUUUUAUUUCAGUUGAUGUGCUCAGUUUCUCUUCAGACACGGUUGUUUUAUUUCAGUCGAUGUCUUGUUUUAUUUCA